UAGAGACCGUUGGUGGGGCUCAACCCUAUUGUCCAAAUGGCAUUCGGAUGUGCUCCUCUCUGCAUCCGAUUGGCCGCCUUUCUAUCAGCCGUCAACGCUAGCUGAUCCCAGCCAGCUGGUAUGUCAACGUCAUCUUAGAACACUGCUGAAACUUCAACCUCAGCAGCUCAUCCAACAUCGAUUCAUCAACACCGGAGAACUGGCGAAAUCGCGAUAAUCUCGCUACAUCGCGGUGUUCCUGCUCGUCUCGUCUUUGUUCGGAGCUGCUCAACCCCGUGCUGCAGAUGUCUGCGAUGCUGUAACUACGUCGUCUGUUAGCCGUUCCGUCUGCUGUUCCUUCGUCCAGUGGCUGCCUUGUUCGAGGCGGUUGCACGCCGAAACUGCAACUUCGAAAGCGAUGACGCUUUCAAUCAUCUGCACAACAUUCUCUGACGAUCGACUGGUGCUGUUCAUGCCGAAACAAGAGGGAAUCCACAUGCCGCCAUCCUCGAUGCCUUCUUGUUACGCAGACAUCGCUGCAACUGGCUCACCGGGAAGCAGGUUGCUCCGUCUUCAACGGCUCCGAACAACAUCCCGAGGAAUCGAGGAUCCUUACAUCGUGCAGGUCUGUUCACCAGUUAAUGAUUCUCCAGACAUGCUGUCAAUCACAGACUCGAUUGACUCAUGGACGAUGCCCGGUGGUAUCUCUACUCGAUUUGACACACUUUGUCAGCGACACAGUUUCCCGAUCCCCGAAAAAUGCAGAUCAACCUCACAGGUUUCCUGAAUGGAAGGAAUGCCCGAUCUUUCAUGGGUGAAUUAUGGGACCUCCUGGUCUCCGCUCAGGAAAGUGUAACGGGCAUUCCAGAGGCUUUCCUGCAACAAAAAAAAGAUCAGAUUAAAAAACGUUUGGAAGAACAGGAGAAGCUUCAAGCAUCCUUGGCAGAGAAAGAAAAGGAAAAGGAAAGAGAGAAGGAGAAAGAUGAAGCAGAAAACAAGAUAAAAAAGGAAGAAAAGGAGCGUGGUUCAUCGAAGGAACGUCGCAGAGAUCGAAGUAGAGAUCGCGAUAGAGAAAGAAAAAGAAGUCGAUCGAGAGAUCGACACAGAGACCGUGACAGAUCGAGUCGUAAACGACGAUCUUCUUCGAGAUCACCGAGCAAAAAUUCAGUUAAAGACAACGGAAAAGAUAUGCCUGAAGUUAAAGUCGAACGAGAAGAUUCACCUCAACCCGAGAAUGCUAUACCCCUUAUGCCUGUCAAAACAAAACCGGAAGCCGCAGUUGCAAUAUCUCGAUUGCAAGCUAAAUUAAUGAGCAUAGCUGAUGGAAAGAAGAAAAAUAAUAAUCGUACGCCAUCUCCCGAGUCACUGGAAAAAACGAAGAAGUCUAGAUCUAGAUCGAAAUCACCCGUGAGUCGAACGAAGAAAUCUAGAUCGAAAUCACCGAGCCGUGAUUCGAAAACCCGUCGUUCUCGAUCACCCGCACCUAAGACAAGACGUUCUCGUUCCAAGUCAAGAACAAGAAGAUCCAGAUCUAGAUCAAAAUCAAGAAGAUCCAAGUCUAGGUCGCAGGAUCGCUCAAAAUCGAGACGUACGAAGUCUAAGUCGCCAAGAUCGUGUUCACGAUCUCGUUCACGAUCUAAAAAAUCGAGAUCGAAAAGCAAUGACAGAAGUAAGUCUAGAAAAUCGAGGUCCGACUCCAGCGAUUCAAGGUCGUCAAAGUCUCGUUCAAAGUCGCCCGAUAAGAGAAAGGAUAAUCUCGAUUCCAACAGGAAACGAGAUGCAAGUACAAGCAGUAGCUCCGAAUCAGAGGAAGAUAAAGGAGCGAAAGAUAAGAAUGAUUUCGAGAUUAGAAAGAAAAAGGACGGAGUGCAAGCAAAGAGGUCAUAUAGAAAGACAAACAAAGAUGAUAGCGGCAGUGACAGUGACUCGAGUCGAGAGAGGAAAUCUGUUCCAAAACGAAGAAGUCCUACGCCGAGAAAAGACAGGGCACGGUCCAAGGACAGGGAUAGAUCGCGAGAUAGAUCACGAGAUAGAUCCCGUGACAGAUCACGUGAUCGAUCUCGAGAUAGGAAUAGAAGGAGAUCAAUCGACAGGGAGAGGGAAAGAAGAAGAGAACGGGAGCGAGAAAGGGAAAGAUUGGACAGAUACAGUGGAAGUCGCAGCAUGCGGCCACCAUCUGUGCGUAGAGCACCUAGCAGGCGAAGAAGCCCCCCUCGUAGAAGUCCGGCAAGAUACCGUCGCAGAUCGCCUAGUCCCGGGGAUAGGCGCCGAAGAAGGUCGCUUGAUCGAAGACGCAGAUCAUCGGAGAGAAGAGACCGACGUCGAUCUCCAGAUCGCCGUGACAGCAGACGUCGUUCGCCAGAUGGACGGGAUCGAUCCACCAGGUACGAUAGAUCUUCCUCUCGCGACCGAUCGAGUAGGCGGGAUCGUUCCAGAGACAGGGACAGGAGGGAUAGAGAUCGAAGAGAUAGAUCGAGAUCUAGGGAUCGUAGAUCUAGAUCUAAAGAUCAAAGGUCAUCGGUGGAUCGUUCGAGAGAUGCCAAACGAUCUCCCGAUCGUUCAAGAGAUGCUAAAGAGAAGAUUAAGGAGAAGAAGGUGGAGGAAAAAGUUAAAAGAUCGGCUGAUACGGGAUCGCGAAAAGAAUUGCGAAACGGAAGGUCUAAGUCAAGUAGCUCGGAAAGUAGCGAAAGUAGUUCCUCUAGCAAUGAGGAUGAAGUGACCAGGAAGUCACUUGAGCGGAAGUCAUCUCAAGAGAAGCGAGAACGUGAGAGGGAGCGCGAUCACGUGGACGACAAACGCAAGGAGAAGGAAAAGCCUGUAAAAGAGGAACCCAUUAAGCGACCCGAAAAAGACGUCAAGAAAGCUGAACCUGUGAAUAUCAAGAAACCAGAUCCCAGCGUUUCUCCUAAGAAACUUCAACCUGUUAUCCUUCCUGUGACUAGGCACAGAUUUUCGAAGAGUUUGUCACGAACACCAUCACCAUUUAAGAAGACUGAAGACAUUAUAGCUGCGAUUAAAGUUAAACAACCAUCAAAAGAAGACAAUAAGGAAGGAUCACCGAAAGAAGAAUCCAGUUUUUCCUCGGAUACCUUCCCAUUGAAAAAGGACGACAAAUCUAUGAAAUUAUUUAAGACAACAUCCGAAGAAAAGAAGUCUGGCCAGAAGUCAUCAGAGCCAGUAGUUUUGAAGAAACCAGUGGAAGUGAUAAAGAAGUUAAAACGGGAAAAGCGUGAUGGUUCUACGGAUUCAAAUGACAGUGAAAGCGAAGGGAAGAAGCGGCCCAGGAAAUUAGAGAAGUCAAGAAAAUCCAGGAAAACCUCUACGGAUGAAGAUAAAUCGGACAAAGGAGAUUCCAGCUCAGAUUCCGAAGAAGAAAGAAAGCACGUGGAAAAGAACAAAAAAUUCUCAAAUCGAGGAGACUUACUAGAUGAACGUAACAAGGAGAGAAAAGACAACAGGAAACGGGAAGUGAAUGAAAAUGAAUCUCGCAAACGAUCGAAGAAAGAGAUGGAAGAAGAAAUAAAAAAAUCAAAGAGAGCUAGGAAAGACUCUUCUUCCGGAGACGAAGAUCAAAAAGUGAAAAGAGGCAAAGUUGAAGAAGAUAGGUCCAAAGUACGCAAGCCCAAAAAAGAUUCAAGUUCAGAUGAAGAACCGAAAAAAACGCGAAAACGAAGAGACAGUUCUUCGGAGGACGAAAAAUCAAGAAACAGAAAGUCAAGGAAAGAUUCUACAAGCGAAGAUGAAGGAAAAGUACGACUAAAGAAAUCUAAGCGAGAUUCAAGUACAGAUGACGAAGAAAUUGGAGAAAAAGAAGCAAAGAAGAAAAGGAAAGCAGAAGAUAGUUCAGACGAAGAAAAGGUAAAGAAAAAACGUAAAAAGAAGACUAAGACUAGCACCAGCGAAUCAGAGGAAAGUGAAAUAGAAGAAAAGAAAAAGAAGAAGGAUAAAAAGCACAAGAAACACAAAAAACAUAAAAAACACAGGAAGCAUAAAAAGAAGAAAGUUGCCGAUUCCGAUGAGUCAGAUGUAAGUGAGGGUAAUACGGAAGAACUUGAGAAGAAACUCCGAGAAAAGGCAUUGAAGUCAAUGAAAAAAGGUCACAGUAUAGAGAGGAGUGAUUAAGAAUUCGUGUGUCUAACUAACGAGGGUGUGUAACGUGUGUGUACCUCUGUAUUUCAAGGCACUUGCCCUAAAUGUAUCAUGAAUACGUUUCUCUUUGUUAUUAUGCGAUAAGUAGGAUUUUAUCAUGUCACACUACUUGUGUAAAAUAAGUCUGCUAUAUUAAAAAAAAAUCGUCCUCUAGGCAAAACAAUGUAAUUUUUAUGAACUAAACUUUAAACACUGAAGUUACAGAGUUGAAUACAAUAGUUGCUUUUUUUUUAUUUAGUAGGUAAAAAUAGUGUUUGUUAUCACAAUAGAAGCAAUAAUUUCUCGUAUCACUUCAGUAUAUGAUUUUUAUAUUUCCCAAAGUUGACACAACCGAAAAUAAAAGGUAGACAUACUAUCUUUGUAGUUUAUACGUUCAUGAUUUAAUUAACAUUUAUUUUAUUGGACUAUAAGAUUUACGUAAAUCAAAGCUGUGUAAAAAUGAUUUUUCAAUUAAUCAUUUUAACCAGUCUUGAAGAGACGUAUUGAGUAUUUAUAAGGAAUUAUCACACCCUCUUGUUACGAGAUUCGUAUAUAAAUUAUGUAAUGGACUUUAAUCAACAAUCAUUGUAAAUUUAUUUCGAUUUAUGAACUGCUACUAACUUUGUACGUGAUGUAACUUUCACGUAUACUGUAGUAUUGAAAAUACAUGAUUUUCAAAAAAAACAAA